GGUCGGUAGAGGUGCUGCAAGCCAGGCGCCAACCACUUGUGGAUAUUUAUGGAUUCUUUUUGGAGGCAUACCCCACCGGGUCUGCGCCACCCCCCAGUGGGGCAAACGCCCCUGAGGACUCAGUCACCUGGGGGCGCCACGUGAGGAAGUGGCGGCGCAUGCUGGGACCUAGGGGGGAGAACUUCCUGGCAUACUACAUCCAGAACCCUUUCGUUGUCAAGCGCCGUGUAAGGAAGGGAAUACCUGACGAGCUUAGGGGACUGGCAUGGCUGCAUUUAUCAGGUGGAAGAGAACUGCAACAGCGACAUCGUGGUAGGUACCACGAGCUGGCGCAUGCUGAGUGUGGACUGUCCUCACAGAUUGAGAAGGACUUGCACCGCACGUUUCCGAACCAUGUAUAUUUUGCUGAGGAAGGGGGUGAGGGGCAACAAGCUCUGUUUCGCGUCCUGAAGGCAUAUGCCUGCUACGAUCCCGAGGUGGGAUACGUUCAGGGCAUGAGCAGCAUUGCUGCUGUGCUGCUUUUGUACAUGUGCGAGGAGGACGCCUUCUGGACGUUUUGUGCAUUGAUGACACAACACGCCACGGGCAGGGAACUUGUUGUCGGUCCCGGUCCUGACUGCCGCAGGCUUUUUAUUGAGGGACUGCCGCUUCUGAAGGCCAUGUUCUCAAAGUUUGAAGCACUGUUGAAAGUGCAGACCCCCCGCCUGGCCACCCAUCUCAGAGACCAGGGCGUGGACGUCAGCCUCUAUUCUGCAAGGUGGUGGAUGACGCUGUUCACCUUCACCCUGCCAUUCUCGCACGUCGUCCGGGUAUGGGACAUGUUCAUGCUGGAGGGCUGGAAGGCCGCACUGCGCGCGGGCGUUGCGGUGAUGAAGUGUGCCAAGGGCGCCCUGCUGGGGCUGGAUUUCGAGGGCCUCAUGCAGAGGGUGCGGCCUGAGAGCCUGGUGGGGCUGGUCAAGUCGCCAGACGAAUUCGUCAAGAUUGCUUUGAAGAUCAAGACAUCAAAAGCUUUAAAAGGAUCCAACAAACCAUUAGUUGACUCAGCAGCGUGA